CUGACUUUACGCUGCUUCCUGCAAACACACACCGUCCCUUGGCGAACAUGGCGGCAACUUGACAACGGCAGCGAGAUGAAGACGGUGAGGGCUUGAUAAAGAAAAGAGGUCUGUUACAGGCUGUAGGCCCAUUCGCCGACACAAAGGCAGACAGCUUCGCCAUGUUGGAAGAGGAUAGCGCCAUUGUCCCUGCACGACCGAGGCCAGGGAAAACGUAAACGCGUCGGUGAGUGUUUCUGAAAACGGAGUCGAGGCUACGCAGAGGAGCGGCGCGGCGCGGAGCUCAGGGCGGACGGGAGAACAGCGGCUUCACCGGUCAGCCAUGGAGGAUGCGGCCCGUGGUCGCCAGCGUCUGAUUUGCCAUCCGGCCCACGCUCAUUUUAAUGGAAAUUACCGCUGAUCGGAAAGGCAAGCCGGGACAACCCACCACCUGACACUUGAGGGGAGGAAAACGCGAAGCGGACCCCACGUCAAUGACUGUUGCGGCAGAGGAGCCCCCACGGUGGAGUCGGCCGGUUCCCAAAAUAUGACCAGGGGUGCUGGGACGUGUUGGCAGCAAGAAAAUGACGACGGCUUCCAAAUCUGGCUAGAGCCCCCCCGCGAUAACCAAAAGCCAUUCACCGACUCAGAGAGGGCGCAGAGAUGGCGACUGUCCUUGGCAUCCCUCUUGUUCUUAACCAUCCUCCUCUCUGAUCACCUGUGGUUCUGCGCCGAGGCCAAACUGGCCCGGACCCGGGUCAAGUUCGCAUCCUCCCACCUCCUCUCACCCCAGACCCACUCAGCACACAGCAGCCUCAGAGGAAACCCAGAUGCUAUUUUUAUAGGAAACUCUACCAAACAUUUGUGGCGGCUUGAAACUUGCCACCAGGAUAGUUUAUCUAAAGACUGCUUUACUUUGGCAGAUGCCGACGAUUUGUGCAAGGGCCUUUCCGACCAAGAGGGGACGCGGGCUGUAAAUAUGAGCGAUUUGUACCUUUCCUUUUGUAACUCGUACUCUCUGCUGGAUUUGUUUUACGGGUCGACAAGUCCGGACAAAUUGAACUGCAGCCUCGACGUGCUCGGCGAUGGCGACACCACCAGAUGCAGCCUGUGCGUCCAGGCGUACCAGCGCUACGACCAGCACGCCCAGGAGAAAUACGAGGACUUUGAGCUCCUCACUCAGAAAUAUGAUCCGGGGGCAUAUUCAGUGAGGACGUGCAUGGAGCAGUGCAAGACGGCCUAUAAGCCCUGGCUGUGCGCUCAGUAUUUCCCCACCACCCAGCAGUCCUGUCAGAAGAGGGUACCGUGCCAUCAGUACUGCCUGGAGGUCCAGCAGAGCUGUCCGUUCAUCCUUCCCGAUAACGAUGACCUGAUCCACGGCGGCAGCCCCAGCUUCAUCUGCACAGGGCUCUUGGGAGACCAUCCAUCAGACAGUGAGACGGAAUGCUGCGACGUCCGAUGGGACUCCAAAAUGGACAAUCCUUCAGGCGGGACACUAAAAAGGACUGCUUCUUCCUGCCAGCCUGAGGGGGCCUCGGUCACCUCCGCUGCAACCCCGAGACUGUGCAGCGGGCGACUGAAGAUCUGCCUGCUGGCCCUUGUCCUCCUACACACUGUCAUCAUCAUUUCAGCCUCCCAUAAUUCUACGUUGGUGGGUGUGGCUGCCAUUUUCUCGCCAGAGGAGAGCACUUCUAAUGAGGAGUGAACCUUGGGGUUGAAUCCGGUGCUUGUCGCUCGAGAGGAUUACGGCUUUUACAAUGUCAUGGCUGCCAGGGACACAUCUGGCGAGAUGCGCUGGAAAUGCCUCUACAAUCUGCUGCCGAUGAACCAUCAACCACAGGAAGUGGGAGGGUUUUAACUGGAGCUAAGGGAGCUGGGAUUGGACAUCGACCGAACCAAGAUGUUUGAGAACUAGCCCCUAAAGAACUGACCUCUUGCCACUUGAAACCUGCUCAUUGUUUCUAUUCCAUCCAAAUGUUUUCUAGCACACUGUCCCUCCUCUCCUUCCCUCCCUUCCUUCCCCUCCGCCCUCCCCCUCCUUUCCUGACGUUUCCGGUGUGUGUAUGGAUGGCACGUCAGAGGAAUAACGGACACUGAUGAAGUGUGUGCUCUCACUCAUCAUUACCUUUAGAUUUUUGCUGCAUUUAUUUCCAGGUGCCAGAAUGUUUUGACAUAUCAACUGUGUUCCACUUCCUACACUCCAUCAGCCUCCGGGGCAUCUUCUUACAACCUUGUAUGUGAUGUUGCUUGAGGGCCUGCCAGGACCAGCUCAUCAGUCAUUCAUGUGGGUCUUGUUUCUCGGAAAACAAAAAAUUUGUGUGAUUCUUCUAUAUUCUAAUGUUCAGCUUGUGUUUUGUCGACACUAGACCUUUUCUCAACCCCUUACAUGCCUACACGUUUUAGGACCUUAAGUGCUCUGAGACCGGCUCGCUUUCUCUUCUAACUUGUUGGGCCAUUGAGCAAGUUAGGAGGGAUGAAGUGGCAAAGGUAGUGACGGUUCAGCUUACAGGUUGCAGGGGGUGAUGCUGAGCUUAGUCGCCAUGCAGUGCUCCUUGAAACGGAAGUGAUGUUCUCUGGUUUCUAAAGUGUUCAGUUUACCUCAUACAGUAGUGUCGGUGUUGCAGACAGGCAGUGGCUCGUCAGGGACACUAGAGAACAGUUGCAUGAAGCCAAAACACCAGGGGCCUCAUUUAUCAAGCGUGCGCAUACGCAAUUUCUUCCUGUGCGUGAGAAUGUACGUACAAAAUCGCAGUGGUACACAGGCGCAACCGACUCUUCUUCUACGGCACCACUGAGCGAUUCAUUCACUCCUUUUAAAUGCCAAUAUAGCCCCAUUAACUUAGAUAUAGUGAUCAUAAAAUAGUGAUUUUAUCUGCAUAGCAACACUUGUUAACGGUAGUAUUUAUGAGCCAUAAUCAAAGUCAAAUUCAGUAACAAAUUAGAUGCAUAGUUAAGAAUUAAUCACAGGCGUUUAUAUACAUUCACAAGUGAAUUUCACGAUUCGGAGAUGCAAGCUGGUCCAGCCAAAGUAGUCCAGGCGAGUAAAGAUGACGGAGCAGGGAAAAGAGCAGAAACAUCUCCCGUGAACAGAGUAGGGAUCAGAUUUUUGAGUUUAUUUUCUGUGGCAGUUAAGUUCCUUAAUAUCGUUAGGGAAGAAAACAAUCGGUGACCGUUUCUUGUAUCGGCCACAGUCAAUCUGAUCACCAAUCAGCUCCAGCCUCAUGCUUGGAUGGCUUGUGCACACCUCAUCACUCACAAUCUAAUUGCAUUCGCUCGGAAUGACUACACAAGUAGUGUUAUGGAAAAUAAGACCAGAACAAUGUAAGAACAAAGACUUUAUAUUUGUUUCCAAUUUUGCUCAAGACGAGUAACGUUCGUGGUAUGUGGUGCACUUUAGGGGCGUGUCUGUAUAUUAAUGAGCUUGUAUGUACACAAGCAGAUGGAUGUAGAGCAGGUGAGAUUUAUCAUUGUUCGUUGCAAAAAUAAAGACCUGUUUUCUUGUUCGUACAGACAGUUUCUAUGCACGUAUUUAGAACUUACCCUACGCUUGGUUUGAUAAAUGAGGCCCCAGAUCUUUGAGUGCCUCUCUGCUGCGUACGCCCAGUGAGGCAAAUGCUGGCAAUGGAGCAAUAUAGGAAAAAAAAAUACAACUAGUUGUGUUAGUGUCCUACUUUGUGGCAUCUUCACUACUGUCGGCUUGGCUUUUCUGUAUCAUAGAGUUGGUGCAAGUGGCCAGCCAGCCAAUCAAUCAAUCAAUCAAUCAAUCCGUUGACUCUUAAAUACCCUUAGACAAGCUGAUCAACCCGCUGUCCUUCACAGACUAGCAAAGGGCUGUGUUAGUGUCAGUCAGCGUGCGAGGAGUGUGAGGAGUUUUCAAGGGCUGAUCCAUCCGAUUUUGCUUUUGUUGUUUGUUUUUUUGCAUGGCUGCUGCUAGUAAAGUGCACAUUGACACGAGGACGAGUCACACAGGGAUUAAGAAAAGUUUCACCUCAACUUUUUAGCUAGGAAUGCUCUGAGAUUGGCCAGAAAAGAAGAGAUUAAUCCAAUGUAAAAAUUUGAUGCCAUGAAACUGGGGAUAUACCAAAAAUUUAAGCUAAGGAUGAUAAAUCUCUUUGAGGCAGUGUUUCUGUCCUCCAUCCUGUUAGCUGAAGACAGAUUGCAGUAAUUGUGGUAUCAGUGCUGCACCCCUCCUCCACGUUAACAGCUUGACCUUACCACAUCACGUAACGACCAUCAAUUCGCUCUUCACACACACUUCAUCAGAGUGGGAUGUCACAUGGAAGUCAUGUCUACACUUGUCUCUAGAUUUUCAAGAUGCAGUUCACAGAAAUUACCCCCCCUCUCCCCUAGCCCACAGUUUACACUCUGUUCCCUAUUUGCUUGAUAUUCUCGUGUGACGUGUUGUUUGGUUUGUUUUGUUAUCCUUGAAGAACUGUGAUGAGGAGAACUACAUUCCCUUGAAGACAGCAGCGGAUGUAAUAGGCCCACACUUUGUGCUCCGUCCCUUCUAGCUGUUCAUGAUCUGAGUCUUGUGGAUCUAUGCAGAUGAAUUCUACCACAAACAAACCCUCCCCGCUACCACCGCUACCACCACCACCUUGUCCUUUCUGUUGUAAAUAUGUCCUGAGGUUGUGGGAUCCCAAAAUGGCCACCCCGUCCCCCCUCCUCUUCCCAGACCUCCCCGUCCCACCCCCUACUGUUGGAAUCUCACUGUGUUUUUCUGUUUGCCUCCUUGGUUUUUGUCUGUUUUUUGAGAUUUUUGCCGCAUUUUUCUGUUGUCUAAAGCAGUGGUGUGAGUUGAUGAGUAGGACUAAGUUGGAUGUUAAAAAGACGAGAUGAAGAGGUCUUAAGAAAAAUAUACAAAAAAAUGAAGCUUGACUUGAGAAAAGGGUUCAAAUAUAGAGAAAACAUUAU